AUGGGGUGUGACGCGCCGCCGGCGUACCGCGCACGCGUGGAGGCGUCCGUGGAGGUGGUGGCGCUGCUCGUGAGGCCCGUCGACCUCCUCGGGGAGGUGCUGCGGGCGCUGCGUGGCUGCCUCUACGACAUGCGCGGGGUGCGGAAUGUGACGGACGCCCCGCAGCCCUCCGCGGGCGGCGCCGCCCACAAGCUGCUGCUGCUGGACCCCCAGCGCAUCCCUCCCCCGUCCGCCGCGGCGUCUGCGGCCGCAGCAGCGCCGCCGCGCUGGGUGGAGGCGCACGACGCAUCUCUGCCGGUGGUCGUGCGGGAGCGGCUGCGGACGCUUCUGCAGAGCAAACCGUCCGUCGCGGAGCGGCUGCGGCUCGCGGUGGUGGCUCCCCACGUCGUGCGACUGGGCUACAAAAACUACACGAUGCCGGAGCUGCUGCGGCAGAUCCUUCCGCCGGGGACCGUCCAGCUCAGCGGCUUCGAGCAGGUGGGCCACAUCGCGCACGUCAACCUCUCCCCCGCCCACCUGCCGCACCGCGCGGACAUCGGCGCCGUCAUUCUGGACUGCAACCCCACCGUGCGCGUCGUGGUGAACAAGGUGGACAGCAUCGCCAGCGUCUUUCGCGAGUUCAAGAUGGAAGUCAUCGCGCGGCGCGCCACCCCCGCCGACGCGCAGGGAACCGCGACGGAGGAAAACCCCACUGCGGGGCACGAGGAUGACGACGACGAGGAGAAGCUGCACAGCCUGCUGCUGGCGACCGUGCGGCAGCACGGCUGCGUCUUUCGCGUUCCGUACGACCGCGUGUAUUGGAACUCGCGCCUCUGCCACGAGCAUGCACGGGUGGUGGACCUGAUGCAGAGAGGCGAUGUCCUCUACGACGUCAUGGCGGGAGUUGGGCCCUUCGCCGUGCCCGCCGCCGUGGCUGGCGUGACGGUCUAUGCGAAUGACCUGAACCCCGUGGCGGCGGAGUAUUUGCGCAUCAACGCGGAGCUCAACCACGUCGGUGCGGACGCCUUUCACGUCUUCAACAUGGACGGUCGUGCGUUCAUGAAUACGGUGCUCUACCGCGACGUGAUGCGUGGGCCCCCGCCGCGUGGCCGACGCCACGUGACGAUGAAUCUGCCAGCCAUUGCGGUGGAGUUUUUGGACGCAUUCACCAAACCGCCGUGGUCCGCGCCGACGGCCUCGCCCUCCUCAGCGCCAUUGGAGGAGACGGGGCGGGCCGCGGAAGACGCGGAGGCGGCGGCAAGCGAGACGCCACUCCCCGACAAGCGCGUGCUUUUUCACGUCUACUGCUUUUCAAAGCACGCGGAGGACUUUUUAGGCGACGCCGUCGCGCAGGUGGAGCGGUGGUUGGCCUGCGCGCUGCCGAAGGAAUGUCUGGAGGCGGUGCACAUGGUGCGGGACGUGGCGCCCGUGAAGCGCAUGGUCUGCGUGAGCUUCACCCUGCCGGAGGCGUUUUGGGCGCGCCGCCACGCGGAUGGGCUGCUGCCGGUCAAGCGGGCCCGCACGGAUUGA